GGACCACGCCUCUUCUUUUGUGUGAGGCCACGCCCAGUCAGCUGUCCGCUGGAGUUGAACGAGAAAGUUUUCUGCGCUGCUGUGUGGUUCCUCGGAACCGAUCCUGCGCUCCCGCUGUCUGCUCGGGACUCGAACUCGCUGACAGCAUGUCGCUGACGGAUAAGCAGUGGUGUCCCACCAGCGCCCAGGUGACUGCGCUCCAAGCCCGGGGCCUCAGGGUGAAGGGCAAGAGCGGCACCAACGAUGCGUACGCGGUCCUCCAAGUGGGCAAGGAGAAGUUCCAGACGUCCGUGGUGGAGAAGAGCGUGACUCCGGUGUGGAAGGAGGAGGCCACCUUCGACCUGCCGCAGCUGCUGCGUGGAGGCGGAGGAGGCGGAUCCGAGCGCAGCACGCUGCAGGUCCAGGUCCUUCACCGGGCUCUGGUGGGCCCGGACAAGCUGCUGGGGCAGGCGGUCAUCAACCUGCCGCAACUGAGCGAGGACACCACCCGCAAUAAGACUGAAUGGUUUAGGUUACUGGACAAGCAGGGCAAGCCAGACAAAGACCGAGGGGAGGUUCUUCUGGACAUCCAAUUUAUGAGGAACAACAUGACUGCAAGCAUGUUUGACCUCUCUGCUGCGGGGAAGUCCCGUUCUCGCCUGGGCAAGUUAAAGGACAAAGUUCGAGGCAAGAAAAAGGAGUUGGACUCAUCAUCUGGCCUGGCGCCAUCCCUCAGUCAGGUUAUGACUGACAGUGAGGAGGAGGCCAAUGGAGAUGGCGAGGAGGUAGCCAAAAAAGAUGGUAAAUCCAAGAAGCUGAAGAUGAAAUCUUUGUUUUCCUCCAAGACUAACCUGCAGAAGACCAUGUCUCAGUCCAUGUCUGUCCUGCCAGCGAAGAACUCCUCAUUGAGUGGCAGCCAAUCAUCUGGUCUAAAUAUUGAUCCAACUGAAGGUAAAAAGAAGUUUAAGUUCAAGAUACAUAAACGCUCUGGAAGCUCAGACAGCAAAGAUUUCUCAUUGGGAAAUCAAAAACAUUCUUCUGCGGAGCAGACUAACAUGUGUAUCAACGGCAGCCAUGUCUACUGUGAAGAGCCGCAGCCACGGACCUCUCGAGCUGGAUCAAACUUCAGCCUGGCCAGUUCAGGUCACGGAUCGAUGGAAGACGCUCCCGAUACCUCUUCCCCAUCUCUGGAUUCGCUGAGAGCAGUGAGGCAAUACUCACCAUGGAUGGAAGAAGAAGAAGAAGAGGAGGAGGAGGAUGAAGAGAAAGGUGAAAACAAUCAGGAAAUUAAAAAUCAGCAAUCAAGAGAAGAUGUAGCCAAAAUGGAGGAGGAGAGGAGGAUAAAGGAGGAAGAGGAAAUUCUGAAGAGGCAAGAAGAGCUCAAAAUGAUUAUUCAGAGGAAAGAAGAAAAACUGGCAGAAGAAGAAAAGAUCAAAGAAGAGCUCCAGAGGUUGGCAGAAGAAAAGAGACUGGAGAAACAAGAACAAAAGAAGCUAGAAGAGGAAGAAAAGAGGCGGGAAGAGGAAAAAAUUAAGAAAGAGGAGAGGAAAGCACACGAGGAGGAGAGACAACGGGAAGAAGAGCUUAAAUUAGCUGAGAAAAUGAGGAUGGAAGAAGAAAGGUGUGAAGAGCUCAGGAGGCAGAAAGAGGAAGAGGAGAGAAUUGAGGAGAUGCGAAGAAAAGAAGAGGAAAUGACCAGGAGGCAAAAAGAGCUCGAGGAAAUGAGAGCUGAGCAAGAAAAAGCAGAGAGGGAGCAGGAGGAAAGAAGGAGAAAAGAGGAGGAGGAAGAGAUUCUUAGGAGGCAGGAAGAGGAGAGAAUGAGAAAAGAGGAAGAUAUGCAAAAAGAAUAUGAGAGGAGGAAGAGAGAAGAAGAGAUGAAAAAGAAAGAAGAGGAAGAAAGGGCAAGGAAGCAAAAGGAGGCUGAGGAAAUGAAAAGACAACAAGAGGAAAGGAAGAGAAAAGAGGAAGAGGAGAUGCUUAGGAAACGAGAAGAACUUGAGAGAGAACUUGAAAAGGAAAGGUUGAGGCUGGAGGAAGAGGAGAGGAAAGUGGAAGAAGAGAGACUUAAAAGGGAAAAGGAAGAAAGGAUUAGGCUAGAGGAAGAAAUUCAAAGGAAAGAAGAGGAAAAGCGGCAAAGAGAGGAGAUGAGAAAAGAAGAGGAAAGAAGGCUAAAAGAACUUGAGAGGUUGAGACAGGAGGAAGAAGAGAAAAUGAGGCAAGAAGAGCAGGAAAAGAGAAGGAUCGAGGAAAAAAGGAGACAGGAGGACGAGGCUGAGAGGGCAAGAAAGGAAAUGGAAGAAAAUGAGAGAUUAGCACAGUUGAGGAGAUUGGAGGAACAAGAAAAGAGGCAAAUUGAGGAAGAAGAGAAAAGUAGAGACAAGUUAAGGAAGGAGGAGGAGGAAAGGAAGCUGAAGGAGGAAAAUUUGGCAAGUGAACUAAGAGCUGCAGAAUUGAUUUCUACUAACCCAUUUGAUGAAGACUUCUCACUAAAUCCAUUUGAAGAUGACCCCAACUUUUCCUCUGAGGCUCACAGCCACACAGUCAAAGGGGAAACUGUAAAGCAAAGAUGUGACCCAGCUCUGGUUUCACAAAAAAGCCACAUGGUUUCCUCUGAUGAAAUGGACCCGAUUAGGUCUCAGAGGGAGAAGAGGAAAGCUCCUCCGCCUCCUGAAAGUGGCCAAGAUGGAAGACAAAUGCAGAAAGCACAGGAUGUAGCUGAACUGCAAAUGAACAAGCAAAACCCAGACAGUGAUGGCAAAACUGUCAAUCUUGUCUCUGAGUGUUCGACAACAAUCCCUCCGCAGAACAAGUCUCUAACAGACUUGAAAAACACCCAAAGCUCGACUCCAACCUCUGAAGUGAACGGCAAACGCCCUGCACCGUCGAGACCUCAACCUGUUGCAAAAGACUCGUCUGAAUUGAAGAAAAUUAAGUCUGCCAGAAAUAUUCCCCAUAUGGGUUCAACUGCGAAGGAACAAGUUCUGCCUAUUCCCUGCUCAAACCCAUUUGAAAAUGAAAACGAACUCUUUGAUCAAGAGGAUUCCUCUGCCUCUGGUCCUGUUUGCUGGCCUCCAGCGUCGACACAGAAAGCAGACAGAGAUGCUGCCUCUCAAGUAAAACUCAAGUCUUCAAAGAUGGCUCCUGCUCCUGUCCCCCCUGCUAAGAAGGAUGCCAAUGGUGGAGACAAACAUAUAAAUAAAGGAUUAAAUGACGCAAAUGACCAACAAGAAAGUACAGGUCACUUACAUGUGAACAAUGCUGCCAACUCAGACUCUCAGCGCAUAAAAACAUCGGAGAAGCCUCCAAGUUCACGCAGGCUUCUGCCAGUAAAACCUCUAAAUCCUUCCGAUCAGCCCUUUACUUCACUUUUUCAAGAAGAUGCCAAAUCCCCAGGAAUUGGCUGUGAACUUCAGACUAAAAAUAAGGUUCCUGAUACUGUGAUGACAGGGCCGUUCUCCCAACUGACAAGAGAGGAACUCGUCUGUCUGGUGUUGAAACAGGAGACCCAUCUAUUGGAGAAACAGAGGAAGAUAUCAGAGCUGGAACAGUAUAUCGACAACUUACUGGUGCGUGUCAUUGAGGAGCAGCCAAGUAUCCUGAUGUCCUUGUCUGCAGCUCCCAAGAAAGUUGCCUAAGAUUACUUUAUUCUUGCUGUACGUGUUUUUUUUUGUGUGAGUUUAUUUCCUCUUGUUCUACAACUAUACUUCUUAAAGAAUUUUGGGUAUAUUAAGAUGACUUUGGUACUUGAUCUGUCUUUGCUUUAUAUCAAGGUUGAUAUUUCAAGAGAGGAAAAUGGGUAAAUUGAAACGAAUUAAUUUCCUGAUCUGGUUGUUUAAGCUGAGGUAUCUAAUAGUAUAACAAACUGAAAUGCCUUCAUGUGACUAUAUAAUUUUCUUACUGCUAUGUACAUGACAGCUAAGCAAAAUGAUUCAUAAUGUAAAAUGCUUUUACUAGACUGUUAAACUGCACUCCUGUAUAAGAUGUUUUUCCGUACUAAAUUAUGACCGUUUGAAUAAUUUGCCAAUUGCGAAAUGCACUUUAAUCAGCCUGUCGACACUGAAAUGAUAAAUGCUGAAUUAUUGUGCCAUUAAAUUUACUGCUGUAUCCUAUUUUUGAAAUAAAAGUAUAUUUUUAAAUGCUA